AUGGAGAAGCUACUCUUGAAAUACAAUGUGAAACACCGGAUAGCCACUCCAUACCACCCGCAAACCAGUGGUCAAGUUGAAGUGUCGAAUCGACGGCUGAAACAAAUCCUAGAAAGGACGGUUAAUGCUUCUCACAAGGAUUGGGCGAGUAAGCUCGAUGAUGCACUGUGGGCGUAUUGUAUUGCUUUCAAAACACCGAUUGGUAUGUCCCCAUAUCAAUUGGUAUAUGGAAAGGCCUGUCAUCUACCUUUGGAACUGGAACACAAAGCCUUAUGGGCUUCCAAAUUCCUUAACUUGGAUCUUGAGAAAGCAGGAGAAUCCCGAAUCCUUCAACUCCACGAGUUGGAAGAAUUCCGGAACCUGGCAUAUGAAAAUGCGAAGAUCUACAAAGAUAAGACGAAGAAAUGGCAUGACAGAAGAAUCCAAAGGAAAGAGUUCUGGGAAGGACAAAGGGUACUACUAUUCAACUCAAGAAUGAAGCUGUUCUCUGGAAAAUUGAGAUCGAAAUGGUCAGGUCCGUUUGUGGUGCACAAAGUAUAUCCUCAUGGAGCGGUUGAAAUAAAAAACCCUUCCAAUGGAGAUAUUUUUAAAGUGAAUGGCCAGAGAUUGAAGCCGUACAAUGUGGGGCAAGUUGUGGGCCAAAUUGAUGUUGUUCAUCUUGUCUGA